GUUUCAAAGGUUACGUCUGUAGCUUUGAAUGUUUGUAUUGCUGGAGGCUAGCUGGCUGGCGUGUCGCCGCGUCAUCCGCCACAAUGCAAAUGAUGGUGUUUCAUUGAAUCAAAGCCUCAACUAUGGGGGUCUAAUCUGAAUUUUCACAAAGAUUUGCAUUAUUGGCACCAGAUUUUUUUGUUCUUAUCACCCAAAAAUAUCUUCUUUUUUAAUUCUCCUCUGCAACCAAACUCAGUUCACCAUCGUUUUUUGGUUGCCGGAAAUGGAGAACGCUUUGCUGCACCAGAUGGUUCCUCAUCAGUUUUUGGAUGAAGAUGGAGCUAGGGCCGAGAUGGGAUGCGGAAAUUAUGGGUGCUCGCACUAUAUGAGGAGAUGCAAGAUCAGAGCUCCGUGCUGUGAUGAGAUAUUCGAUUGCAGACACUGCCACAAUGAAGCAAAGAAUUCUUUAGAAGUUGAUCCACUCAAGCGGCAUGACAUUCCUCGACAUGAAAUCAAAAGGGUCAUUUGUUCCUUGUGCAACACUGAGCAAGAUGUCCAACAAAGAUGCAUCCAAUGCAGGGUUUCUAUGGGGAAGUACUAUUGCUCAAAGUGCAAUUUCUUUGAUGAUGAUGUUUCGAAGAAUCAAUAUCACUGUGACAAAUGUGGAAUCUGCAGAACGGGAGGCAAAGAAAAUUUCUUUCACUGUAAUACAUGUGGAUGUUGCUACUCGAAUUUGAUGAAGGAUUCACAUAUUUGUAUAGAAAAAGCAAUGCACCACAACUGCCCAGUUUGCUUUGAGUUUGUUUUUGACACCACGAAAAAUAUUACUGUUUUGCCUUGUGGGCACACUAUGCAUCUUGAAUGUGUGAUGGAGAUGGAAAGGCAUUAUCAGUAUGCUUGUCCUGUUUGCUCGAAAUCAUUUUGUGACAUGUCCCGGGUAUGGGAAACGCUUGAUGAGGAGGUUGCCUUGACACCUAUGCCGGAGAUGUAUCAAAAUAAGAUGGUCUCGAUCCUUUGCAACGACUGUGGGAAUUCAUCUGAGACUAAGUUCCACAUUCUGGCGCACAAGUGCCAUAACUGCAAAUCCUACAACACAAGGCAAACGAGAGAAGGCGCCACCACUUCAUGCUCAUCUAGGGUCACCGGAGUUGUUAGAGGAUAAACCUCGAUUUCUUAGAUGAGGCUCGAGAGCAGAAUAUCCAAGAAGCAAAAUCAUUAUUCCAGACAUCGCAUCCUUCAUUCUUUCUGGUCUAUUCGCUCCAUCUUCCAUCGGGGAGCAUCAUCAAGCACGUUAGCACGGCCAUCAUUGUACCAUUUAUGUGCAUAUCGGGUAAUGGAUCGAUAUCUUUUGCUAAUUAUAGUUUCCAAUCCCCAAUAAUAUUAUAAAAGCCAGUCUGUUCUUCUUUCUUAGAAAUAUAACCAUCACAUGCUGCUUUUGCAUCUUGCUCAGUCUUAAUUACGUGUGGAGCUUUAUAUUUAAA